UUUUAUAAUGGGGAAUGGAUGAAAAUAUUAAAUGUGCCUGAUUAUUUUUCUGGUCGUAGGAAUAACCAUUUCUAGUUACAGAAAAAAGUUACAGAUUUUUUGGUUGCGUCAUACAUUUUAUAAAAAUAAAAACAUUUUGCUUCACCGCACGUCCGGCCCAUUACGGCUGUUAACAAAAACUUUCUAAGUCUUAAAAAGUUAUCGCUAUUUGAAUCUGUGGAGCGCAUGACAUUGACAGUUGAUUGACAGCUUGUCAUUCUUCUCGCGGAAUUCAUAACCUUUUGUGCUCUCAUCUGGUGAACUGGUUUCUUUGUAUUUAUGUGAUUAUUACGACUCGCUUCCCCACCCGGACCUCUGAUUUUGCCUGCUCCAACGACGACCUACACUUUUGAACCCCGGACCUGAUUUUGAUAGCAAUUUCGACGACCACUGCAACUGAAACUGGACUAUUAGUUUGGUACCGUGUUCAUCACCAUGAAUACAAACACUUAUAAACUAUAUAAAGAUCCUAAAACAUGCUUUAUACCAACGUGCUCCAAGACUGAUCUGAAAAACCCGGAUUUGAAGUUUUUUACUGUAAGAAAAGAGCUGAAACAACGUUGGUGUCAAUUGGUUGGCAGGAACUGUCCAAACCGAGCACUGUUUUGCUGUGCGGACCACUUAAAUUUUGAAGAAGAUUUGGAAAAUUAUGGACAAUGGAUCUCUGGUGCAAAGCCAAGACUGAAAAUAAAUGCCAUACUUAAGAAUUUUUCAAAAAAACCAUUGAGUGCAAUCAAUAAGCAUAUUGAAGAUCUUAAUCGGCCAUCAACUUCAAGUGCUGCUGACAAUGCUGGCAUGCAGGUCUCUGACAGUAUAGAUGCAGCUAUACAGUGUGAUAAAAGAAUAGGUGUUUCAAACAAGUUUGUUUUGGCCCAGCCGAAGACUCAAACCAUAGCUACUCAAUUCCGUGGGCGAAAAAUAAAAGAAAGUGUGAUGCCAUCACGAAUGAUGCAACUACCGAACACUGAGAAGAGUCCCAAUCAAUCACCAUCCUUGUUUGGGACAUCCAACUUCGACUCGUCUUCGAGUGCUCAACAAGAGGAUAUUGAAAAACGUGGCAGGGAGCACCUACUAAAAAUUAUUACUAACAAACCCAAAAUGUUUUUAGGUCUGCCUAAAAGCUUUUGGUGGAUUAUUAAUUUCAUUGCCCAGGAGUGCUCUUGUUUGGCAUUUCAUAUUAUCAUAUGUCUAUUUAAAUUAAAAAACAAUGACUCUUUUGCUAGGAUGAGUGAAGAAUUUCAAAUGGCCAGGUCAACCAUACGUUUAGUGUUUGAAAAGAACGUCGUAGUUUUGUCCACAUACUUUCAAAAUUGUAUAUAUUUACCACCACUAUCAGAAAUAAAAAAAAAUUUACCAUUAGCAUUUAAAAUCAGAUAUUCGAAUGUACAGUGUAUUAUAGACUGUUUCGAGAUUCAAAUAGAAAAACCCAGCGAUCCAGAGAAGCAGGCGCAGACUUGGUCGCAGUACAAAUCGUGCAACACGAUGAAAUAUUUGAUUGGCUGCACACCCGCUGGAUACAUUUCAUUCAUCUCACAGGGUUAUGGGGGACGUACAUCUGAUAAAGCCAUCACGGAGAACAGUGGCUUUGUUGAUGUACUUCCCCUAAAUGCAGUAAUCAUGGCCGAUCGUGGUUUUAAGGAGAUUGAAUCACUCUUAAUCACAAAAAAUGGAAAACUCUUAAGACCUCCUAGUGUCUUCGCCAAUCAAAAAAUGACAAAAAAAGACGUAAUUAAAACUAAGGUGAUGGCCAGUUUGAGGGUGCACGUUGAGCGUGUAAUUAGGAGAUUACGGGAAUUCCAUAUGUUAAAACCCCACUCUGUGGUUAAUAACAAACAUUUAAAAUAUUUGGACGACCUGGUCAUUAUAGCUUGCGGAUUAAGUAAUCUUCAGAAUCCAAUAAUAAAAGACGUUUGAUAAUA